UAAACUGUAAUGCUGCAACCCUCGCCCCGGCCUCACCGGGGCAGUACUAGUAAACUGUAAUAACGGGCUACAGGCAGUUUCGAGGAAUGUGACUCGAAUGUAAACAGUGUUCAGGUGCUAGCUAACGUUAACAGUAACUGUAGCUUACUUUGAUUUUGUCGCCGCUUGAUCGCACACAGUUAUGGUUUCCAGAUCGAUACCUCAAGUUGAGAUGGCAUUAUUGUACUGAUUCAUUAUUCACCGUCUCCCUCUCCCUCUUGUAGUUUGAUUGCAUACAUGAUUCGUCGGCUGUCACAAUGACCAAAGACAUUGUUGUUGGAGAUGAAUUACCAGACUGGGUGGGGGCUAAGGAGUUCUACCAGAAAUAUGACCCCAAGGAGGUUAUCGGCAGAGGUGUGAGCAGUGUGGUGCGCAGGUGUGUGCACAGACUCACUGGUCAGGAGCUUGCAGUGAAGAUUAUUGAGAUCACAGCAGAGAAAAUGACUGCUCAGCAGCUGGAGGAGGUGAAAACCUCUACACUGAAGGAGAUCCAAGUCCUCAACAUGGUGAAGGAACAUCCCUCAAUCAUUACUCUCAUUGAUUCCUAUGAGUCCGCAACCUUCAUAUUUUUGGUGUUUGACCUCAUGAGGCGAGGAGAGCUGUUUGACUACCUCACAGAGAAAGUUACUUUGAGUGAGAAGGAAACCAGGAGUAUGAUGCGAGCUCUGCUGGAGGCCGUGCAGUACCUCCACUCCCUCAGCAUCGUCCACCGGGACUUAAAACCUGAGAAUGUUCUCCUGGAUGAUCAGGGACACAUCAAACUGUCGGACUUUGGUUUCUCAGUGCAGCUACAGCCUGGAGAGAAACUUAGAGAGCUCUGUGGGACACCUGGUUAUUUGGCUCCUGAAAUACUGAAAUGUUCAAUGGAUGAAAUGCACACAGGCUAUGGCAAAGAGGUUGAUCUCUGGGCAUGUGGAGUGAUCCUUUUCACCUUGCUGGCCGGCUCACCACCGUUCUGGCAUCGCAAACAGAUGCUGAUGCUGAGGAUGAUCAUGGAGGGGCGCUAUCAGUUCAGCUCCCCAGAGUGGGAUGACAGAUCUGACACUGUGAAGGACCUGAUAUCCAGACUGCUGGUGGUGGACCCAGCUGUCCGUCUCACUGCUGAGCAAGCCUUAGCACAUCCCUUCUUCAGACUGUACCAGAAGGAGGACGUGCGGCUCUUCAGUCCCAGAAAGACAUUUAGGGUGUUGAUAGUCAGUGUGCUGGCCUGCAUCAGGAUGUACAGCCGUUACCGCAGGGCACGGCCGCUGACUCGGGAGGUGCUGGCCAGAGAUCCUUACUCCCUUCGUGGUGUUCGCAAACUCAUCGACGGCUGUGCCUUCCGCAUUUACGGGCACUGGGUGAAGAAAGGGGAGCAGCAGAACCGAGCCGCCCUCUUUCAGAACACAGCUAAGAUCAUGCUGCUGGGCCUGGAGGACUUUGAAACAUAAAAGGUCAACCUCAUUCCUAACCACUUAGAUUUUUAUUUAAACAUUUGCAUGUGCUGUCAUGUCAGUGUUUGUCUUGUUGCAGUUUUGUAGUCUUGUAUUUAAUUUUAAGACGAGGAAUUCAGGGGCCAGGGAAGUUUUGUAUGCCUUAAUGCACAUUCGUUCAGCAAUUUGAAAAUAAGCAUGUGUAUAACGUCAUGUUCCGUAUGUGCCCCGAUCGAAGUCUGUGGCUGUUUGAGAUGCUUCUUGUCAGGGCAUGAUAUUUGCAAUGCCAGUUUGCAGUAAAGGACACAUCGCACAAUCGUUUGAUAAAACACAUUUUACUUGUUGAUCGUCAGUUCUAACUGAGGAAAGGACGUGUUUCUAAGCACUGUGUGGCUGAAGCGAACAUUAAAGCACUGUGAUUAAUUAUUUAAUAGAUAAUUACACAUUGUACAGAUGCUAAGAUUUACAUAAUUCCAGUGUUACAAAUCAGUAGCAGAGGGUUUUUUUGCAGAGAAUCUUGUUGUUGUCGUGCAUGCAGACAUUCCUCAGUAGGAAACUCAUCUCCACUAAUCGUGAAGGCUGUCUGUUACUGUAUUUCCUAUUGUGACUCACCAACACCAUUCCCUGCUCGGUUCAUUCUUCAGUUUAAUACGUGGCUCUUUUCCUGAAAGUGCCUGCCUGAGAAAUGUACAGCAAUUGUACAAAUGCAGAUAUAAAUUGUACUGUGUAUGAAGAAAAGAAAGAUUUUAUUGACAAUAAAACUAAUGUUUAAGUCGGA